AUGGCCUCCUACACCGUGUCGGAACCGAAAUACAUCAAUUUCCCUUGUCUGCCGCCAGACGCCAAACAUCCAGAUGGCUCGCCCGCACUCAACCGCUGGUCGUCUACGAUCACCAAAGGCCAUGAUUUUCCUGGCGCAAAGGCCAUGCUUUUCGCUGCCGGCGUCCCGGACAAAGAUGCGAUGGCCAGGGCCCCGCAUGUAGGCAUUGCUUCAGUGUGGUGGGAAGGCAACCCUUGCAACAUGCAUCUGAUGGACUUGGGAAACACAGCGAAAAAGGCAGUAGUAGAGAAGGGCAUGUUAGGAUGGCAGUACAACACAAUUGGUGUAUCGGAUGCGAUCACAAUGGGUAACGACGGAAUGCGAUUCUCGCUUCAGACCCGCGAAAUCAUCGCAGACAGCGUGGAGACAGUUACUUGUGCCCAGGCGCACGAUGCCUGUAUCGCCAUCCCCGGUUGCGAUAAGAACAUGCCCGGCGUGGUGAUGGGUAUGGCGCGCCAUAACCGGCCAUCGAUCAUGAUCUAUGGAGGAACCAUCAACAUUGGAUAUUCAGAGUGUCUCCGUAAACCGAUCAACGUGUCAACCUGCUUCGAAGCAGCCGGAGCGUACGCCUACGAUACCCUCCGCCAGCCGGACGACGGAGGUGAUACCAGCAAAACAAAGGACGAGAUCAUGGACGACUUAGAGCGACACGCUUGCCCUAGUGCUGGAGCUUGUGGCGGUAUGUUUACGGCUAACACUAUGGCCACCGCCAUUGAGUCAAUGGGUCUCUCCUUGCCUGGAUCAUCAUCCACGCCAGCGUCAUCGCCGGCUAAAAUGCGUGAAUGCGUGCGCGUUGCUGACGCAAUCAAGGUCUGCAUGGAGAAAAACAUUCGUCCCCGAGAUCUACUCACCAAGCGGGCCUUUGACAAUGCACUGGUAAUGACCAUGGCUCUAGGAGGAAACUUGACCCUAGAUGAUAUCCAGCGGGUUAGCAACAAGAUCCCCUUCAUCGCAGAUCUAUCGCCAAGUGGCAAGUACUAUAUGGCGGAUCUGUACGAGAUCGGCGGAAUCCCCUCGGUGCAGAAACUGCUGAUCGCAGCAGGCCUACUGGAUGGUGAUAUUCCGACCGUGACUGGCAAGACGCUGGCUGAGAAUGUGGCAUCUUGGCCAUCUCUCCCACAGGACCAGACCUUAAUCCGGCCCCUGACCAACCCAAUCAAGACCACUGGCCACCUGCAAAUCCUGCGCGGGAACCUGGCUCCCGGCGGCGCGGUUGCCAAGAUUACGGGUAAGGAGGGUCUUCGCUUCACCGGCAAGGCACGGGUCUUCAACAAGGAACAUGAGCUCAAUGACGCCUUGAACGAGGGCCGCAUCCCACGUGGGGAGAAUCUGGUCCUGAUCGUCCGCUAUGAGGGUCCUAAGGGUGGACCCGGCAUGCCGGAACAGCUGAAAGCCAGUGCAGCCCUGAUGGGGGCCAAGCUCAACAACAUUGCCUUGAUCACCGACGGUCGUUAUUCGGGCGCCAGUCACGGCUUCAUUGUCGGCCACAUCACCCCAGAAGCCGCAGUGGGAGGCCCUAUUGGGCUUGUCCAGGAUGGUGACGUGAUUACGAUCGAUGCGGAGACAAAUGAGUUGUCGAUGAACGUGUCGGAUGAGGACCUUCAGGAGCGACGUAAGCUGUGGAAUCCACCUGAGCCGCAGAUCACUCGGGGUGUUCUGGCCAAGUAUGCACGGUUAGUGGGCGAUGCAUCGCAUGGUGCCAUGACGGAUUUGUUCUAG